UUGACAAACCACAUUAUCAAUAUUCACUUCAAUUACAAUCUCAGAAUCCUCAAUUGAUCAAAUCCUUAUUUGGUCUACUCCUACUUUCUUAGAUAGCAUUAAUAUUACGCCAAAAAAGAAAAGAAAAAAUGAGUGUGGAAGUGUUAGAUGGUGCCACCAUCCUCAACUUUGUACAAGAUAAAGAAGCAUUUCAUGUUUUGGUAUGCGACCGUUUUGCUCACCUUGACACCAACCAUGAUGGCCUUCUUUCAUACGCUGAGAUGUUGAAGGAGCUGCAAUGUUUAAGGGUGUUUGAGACGCAUUUUGGAAUCGAUGUUAAACCCGAGCCAAGCGAGCUGGCUCGGGUUUAUGAAUCUCUGUUUGAUCAGUUUGAUCAUGACUCAAAUGGGACAGUUGAUCUGGAGGAGUUCGAGGCUGAAACCGAGAGAAUGUUGGUUGCUGUGGCUACCGGGUUGGGAUUCUUGCCCGUUCAAAUGGUGUUGGAAGAGGACAGUUUCCUUAAGAAAGCAGUUGAUCGGGAAUUCAUGACUAAAGUGGCUGCUUGAGAGUCUUAUGCAAUUUUACAUUUUUUCUACUUUUGGGUGUUUGUUUUUGUUUGAUUAAUUUUAUAUAAUAAUGUUCUAAUUAAUGGAACAAGAAUUGUUUUGUUA